AUGUUCGGUUCCAAAUUGCGAUCAUGGAUGGAAAAUCAUAUUGUGCGACCGAGAAAAAAGGGAAACAAAAAUAAAUCCGGAAACAACAACGGCAACAACUUCGGUGUCCUGACGACGCAAAAUGGCUACAAGAGCGGUUCAUUUGCAGCAGAUUCCAACAUCGGCAGCCCUGCGCGACGCAGCGAAGUUUCACCGAUUCAAAGCCAUACAACUAGUCGCCGCGGUUGGCACUCACCGAACCAGGACAAUGUUCCGAUUUCACCGAAAUCCGAUCACUAUCCCGUGCAGCAUCGCAUUCACAGCCGACAACCGCAUGAUGGAGGCGCCCAGCACUGGACAAACGCGUACGGCACCGUGAACGGGCAAUCGGGUCCAUCAUCAUUUCACCAUCAACAGCAGCAGCAGCAAUUCAAUCCCGGCGUAUCAUCGCCAAAAAGCAUCUCACGCAACGGCUCAUCUUACACGCUUGAAACGGGACCGGCCAACAUCUACUACUCGAAGAGCGUCGACUCGUACGCGGUGGACGGUGCGCUCCCGUACGCCAUGCCGGAGUUUGACUUUCAUGCCGGAAAUACCGGCCCGCCGAGGGGCAUUAUGACCGGUGCGGGAUCGGUUUCCGCCGGGCAUAAUGGGCACCUGCUGACGGUACACACACCAACCGUCACGCGCAGCACCUACUCGACGGCGACCAGUUCCAGCAACGAGCUGCUGGAAGAGCUGCAUCCCUUCGAGGGGGCCCGAAUCAAGCGGCUACAUCCGGCCGCAACGCGCAUCAGCUCGUCGUCGUCCUCGUCCGUCAACUCCACGCACUAUGGCGUGAACAACAACCACAACAACAAUAACCAUCUGGCCAGCGGAACAUUACCCACGCACUAUGGGAACUCCAACGGACAUCACCAGCAACCACUAGCGAGAAGUCAAGCGGUCGCACCGUCCGCUUCAAGCGAGAAUAAAUACGGCAAGCUGCUGCAGCAACAAAACGCAUCUUCCAACAAACAAUACGGGGCCUACUACGAGCAACAGCAACAGCACAAUGGCAACAACAACAGCUUACACUAUUCCCCCAACAGUCAGGCAACUGCCAACUCCACCAAUGGGGAUGGUGCUAGCAGUAGAAACGCCUCACCACUGCCUGCCCGUGGCUCGUCGGCCUGUACGUCACCUGUACCGCUGCGUUCCGCUGCACCCAGCGUCAAAAGUAAUCGCAUUAGCAAUGGCAAUAACAAUAACAAUAACAACAGUAUCCACCUCGACGGGUCGGCAUCCGGUGGUAAGGCGAACGGAAGCUCAUUGACGGCCAGCUUUACCAGCAAGUUCCACAAACUGACGGGCCAUCGUACGAACGCACCGGAGGGUGGCAACACUAGCGCUAGCAACACUAAAUUGAAUCAUGUUAAUAACAAUAACACUAGCACCACCCCGGUCAACCAUGUCCCGGGGAACUCCAACAACGCUGGGUCCUACCAUCCCCACCACCAUCAGCAGCAGCAGCAGCAUCAGUACCAAAUCAAUAACGUCACGACACAUCUGCAUCCACCGGCGCAACCACUUCCGUCGGGAAAGCAGCAGCAACCCCUGUCGUCAUCCUCCUCAUCGUCCUCACCCCCACCGCCAGGUUCGCAGACGGGCGGACACGGACCCGCACCUUCGCCGGGCGUACACCAUCUGCAUCAUCCAUCAACGCACGGUCACCACCAUCAUCAUCCGCACGGACCGAUGGGUCAUACGCUUUCAUCGCCGGAAAGUGCUUACUCGACCGGAUAUUCUACCGACGGCACGUCACCGGGUGGUUGUUCCUACACGCCCGAAUACUACAUCAACAUCCGCACGGGGACGCACUACUUCCCGAAGGGCACGACACUGCCGGGUGCACUCCACGGCCGAACAGCAGCUGCAUUUGAUCGCACCGGCACGGCGAUCCCGCCGGGUGCAUCGGCGGGCAACCAUCACGAGAAUGGUUCCAAAUUCAAAUGUGCCCUUAAUCGCAUCGAGGAAAAGCAUGUGGAGUUUUGUGUCGACGGUGAAAUGCACGUUGCCGGACCACGGGCGUGUGCAACCCCAACCCCGCCGGCCAACCCCAAUCUGUCGAGCUUUAAGCCCACUUCCGGUGGGGGUCCGGCCGGUGGAAACGGAACCGCCGGUUUAUCGCAGCUUCAGCAGCAACCGUCAGUGGCAGCACCGCAACAACCACAGCCCAACCAGCCGCCGAAUGCAGUUGCGAUGAGUCCCAUUAUGCAGAAGAACCUCGGCAUGCAGCAUUACCGGAGUAUUGAGUCUCCAUCUCCACGCCAACGGUGCAGAAUUCGAACGAACCCUUGGCUAACGACAGCGGAUGGAGCACUUGCCAGUGCCAACUGUAUCAAACGAACGGAACACGAUUCAGGAUCUACCUCGUCCGGUAUCAAAUCCAGCAGCGGAACAGACGACAAUAAAAACGACAACAACAAACCGAACGCACUAUCCGACACUGAUUCCAGCUCGUCCACGGAGAAGAUCGUCAACAAAAAGCCCUUCACGCCGAAGAGUCUUAAAAAGAUGACAGGAGACAUCUCGCGGCUGGACAGCAAAUCUGCACCGGUUACGCACGGCUCCAACCAGGACAGUGAUGAAGAUGCUACCCUGAACGAGAUGAUGGGCAAAUUUGACGAAAGUUACCACUACGAGAAGGAGACUGACAUUUUGAGCUGUAGCGACUCGGAUCCUACGGACUGUCCGACAGAUAUUGAUACCGGUCAAGAUGCGGGCGAUGAGUGUGACACGGACGAUCUGCUCGAUCUCGACUUUAUCGAUACGGGCUCAGUGCAGGAGGUGCCGGACAAGGAAACCUAUCGGCAUACGGCCAGCUGUUCGAUUCAUCACUUCCCCGAGCGCAAAGCGUCCUGCAAGCAGCAACGAUCGCAGAGAAGCAAACGCACCAACGAAUGUGGCGGUGGUUCCAAACGCCGGAAGAAGUUGGUCCGUACGAGAAAGAAAACGUCGGAUCAAUCAUCGGCACUGGGCAUGGGUGAUGGGACGGGCGUUGUUAGUCGUGGUUGCCGCAGUUUAGGAGGAACACCCGUCUCCUUGCGGCGGAACCAACCGGAUCCCGAGUCGCGUACACCGACCAGAGGUUCGCCGCUUACCAACCGCUGCAAUUCGCUUACCUUCACCGAGGUGCAUUCGCUGCACAGCCGAAUACUGGCCAUUUCCGAGAGCGAAAAGGCACUGCUCAGAGCUGACCUGGAGGCGGACGUUAAGUACAAGCAGUUGAUUCACGAAGCCGAAUCGAUCCUGUUCUCGAUGAAGAGCAAUAGUUCGAUUUGCAUCAAGGACCUAACCACCGUGCCGCCACCGUUGCCUCCACGCGAACCGCAGCCUCCUUCCGUGCCAUCACUAGCGAAAGAAACGCCAACGACUACUACCAGCACCAUUGCCAGCCCACGGCGUGUUUGUAACCCACCGGCCAACAAACGGGUGGAGAUGCUGCGCAACUGCGAAGCUGACCUGAGACGCGAGCUAGCAAAGACUUGUUCGCAAAAGUGCGCCGAUGGUGUCGGUAACACGGGCGAACUGAAUCCUGCCGAAGGUGUCAUCGUAAACAAACGGUUGGAAGUGCUGCGCUACGAAACUUCCUGCUCACUAUCGGCACCGAACAGCCCCAAGAACACGCGUGUCCUGUUGCCUCGCAAAACCCACGUCACCAACUUUAUCCAUCAUCAGGCACGCCCUCCGUGCUCGGCGGAAGCGAACCAGGCGAACGAUCUGAAACAAAGUGCCAACCAAUCGCCACCACCACCGCCUCCGAGGCGAUUGAUGUCAAAGUCACCGACCAUCAUGCGAAGACGCUUCCGCAGCCAAAGCCCACAUCUGAACAUUGAGUCCGACUCUGAUUCGGACGAAGUCAGUCGAAAUUUGGACAGCAAAACUAGCGGCAAGAUGCAUCGUGCCAAUCACAACAACAAAGAGAAUCUUACCAACCAUCCGCAACCAGUUUGCAUCCCGCCACCUCCGCCUAGAAACAUUGCUGGCAAGCAGAUGAACAACUAUCGCCAUACGAUACAUGGUCCCGCUCUCGUGAAUGGUGAAGAUGCAGCGAACGGUUAUGACGGUAACACCGUUGAAGGGAUCCCAAAUGGCAACCACGGAUCGAUUGGCAUGCACAAAUCGCCACUCAUAUCGUUCCGCUCGGUAGACAUUGGAUCUCCGGUCACUGAUGAUAGCUACUGUCCGCAGAGUGAGCCGCUGAAGCGUAAAAUAUACACCUGCAGUGCAGCGUUUGAGAAAAUACAGCGAAGUCUUCACCAUGAUCCAGAUGCAAAACAACAACUCAUUAUCGAUGCACUAGCGGAGAUAAAACGCAGCCUGGAAGACCAAAGUGUGGAGUUGCACGAGCUUAACAAUACGGAAAAUUAA